CACCGCAAGAAACACCAUGACUUCCCUGCAGAGCGUAGAUCAGCACACAGCAGAUCAAGCAACACCACAGACUUCCCUCCAGAGCGUAGGUCAGCACACAGCACAGCAAGAAACACCAUAGAGUUCUAUGAAGAGCGUAGAUCAGCACACAGCAGAUCAAGCAACACCAUCGACUUCCCUCCAGAGCCUAGAUCAUCACACAGCAUAGCAAGAAACACCACUGACUUUCCUGCAGAGCCUAGAGCAGCACACAGCAGAUCAAGCAACACCAUAGACUUCCCUCCAGAGCCUAGAUCAUCACACAGCACAGCAAGAAACACCACUGACUUUCCUGCAGAGCGUAGAUUAGCACACAGCAGAUCAAGCAACACCAUAGACUUCCCUCCAGAGUGUAGGUCAGCACACAGCACCGCAAGAAACACCAUAGAGUUCCGUGAAGAGCGUAGAUCAGCACACAGCAGAUCAAGCAACACCAUAGACUUCCCUGCAGAGCCUAGACCAGCACACAGCACAGUAAGAAACGCAAAGCCUGCUGUCGCAGCCAGGAAAUCAUAUAACAAUUCACCCAGACCAGCAGAACCAUCACAGAAGAUGAAUCCUGCAAACGGGACUCAGGUAUAAUAACAGCCGAUCUGUUAACUGAGGUGUACAGUCUGCGGGAGGAUAGGACAGUGAAAGCAUGGUUAAGCACAUUAACAGAAUCACUGACACUGAGAGAGACGUGUGUGCAUGUAUAGCAGGGAUUGUGUUAAGCCCUGAUUCUGGUUCUGAUACAGCCAGGGUUAGGGAGGAACACAGUACAGGUAACGCGCCUCUGCAGUCUGAUUACACUGUUCAGUGACUUGUACCUUUAACGAUUCCUUUAUCAGACAGGACAUGGGUUACAUGUUGUAUGAGAAAGCAGCACUGUGGAAUUGUGGAGUCUGAUAAUGGGAUGGGAGUCAGCUUGCCCCCAUUGAGUGCUGUUAUAGUGUGGCCGGGACAUUUUGAUGUGGGGACAUCCACUGUCAUUAGAAAGCUGAAUUACAGGGAUAUUACUGUGGGCACAUCCACUGUUAUUAGAAAGCUGAAUUACAGGGAUAUUACUGUGGGCACAUCCACUGUCAUUAGAAAGCUGAAUUACAGGGAUAUUACUGUGGGCACAUCCACUGUCAUUAGAAAGCUGAAUUACAGGGAUAUUACUGUGGGCACAUCCACUGUCAUUAGAAAGCUGAAUUACAGGGAUAUUACUGUGGGCACAUCCACUGUCAUUAGAAAGCUGAAUUACAGGGAUAUUACUGUGGGCACAUCCACUGUCAUUAGAAAGCUGAAUUACAGGGAUAUUACUUCCUAUGCAAUACUGGAGGACUCACAACACUGUUAAUGAGUCUCCACAGUUUCUGUAAAAAAAAAAAAAAAAAAAAAAAAAAAAAACACAGGAAAAAGUUAAAAAGUUUUCUUUUAAUACAAUCACAAAACGGGCCGUUUUACAUGAGGAGACAUUCAUUUUCAUAUGGGAUUGAACUGCAGGAAGGACCAAGCUGAAGGAAGGACAUGUCACAAUGACAUGUGGCAGCUUUUCACCAUGAAGUACAACACAUGUUAUUAACGAUGCCUUUGUGCCAAAACAGACGGUUAUUGAAGAAAACCGCAAAUCACUCUGCAUGUCAUUUAAAAAAGCAGAUUCAAAUCACAUUGUCAAAGUUUUAUUUUAAUCAUAUAUUUGAAUUAAACGUUGUGCCUUUUGUUUGGGACUUUUUGACAUUUUCUGUGCUAUGGUGCAAUGAGUUUUCAGGAGCUGCUCUUAGCCCCCAGGCUCCAGGAGAGCGGGAGACCUGGUCUGAGGCAGCUUUGCUGUAUCAAACCCCAGGUCUCCCCUGGUGUGCCGUGCAGUGGCCUGAAACCUCGUCCCCUCAAACCAAGCUGCAAGUCCCACAGCGGCUGCGUGUUCCCUCAGCUCCAGUGCCUGUGCCACCCUGUAUUUCCACUAGAUGGCGCUGGCUCUUCUAUAAAGACACUUUAGCUGAUGAAUAAAAACUGAAUCGCAGCAGCAAUUGAACUAAUCAAAGCAUCUCAACACAGACAAAAAGUAAAAAGGGAACGGGCUGUAAAAAAAAAAAAAAAAAAAAAAAAAAAAAAAAAAAAACUUUUUAAAAAAGUGUUAUAUACAUUUGUACAAGUGAUUUAUCCAGAAUUCACCCUGCACUUAUUAUUGAAAUGUUAUACUUAAUGAAUUGAAAGCAACAGCUUAUUAAAAACUUUCGUUUGAAAAUUGUGACGCAUGUUGAAGAUGCAAGAAGUAUUUCAAGUUUAAUGCUGUCAAAUAAAAAAUGAAUUAUUUUGCUGUUUGUUUUAAAAUGACUGUUUGUUGCUGAUGGAAGUGAGAAGCCAAGCUUUCCCUCUCCCCCCGCGUCUCUGCGGCUAUCUGUGCAGGCCAGGCUGUGCGGCCGUGUGUGUUGCUAUAGUAACAGGAGCACGCUGUUUGCAAUGAGAGGAUGCAGAAUUCGUUGCGACACACACAGGACAGACAGAACGCAAUUUCCUCUUUUCUUUUUGUUUAAAUCUAAAAAUAAAAGAUACAAAUUCAAAACCCACUGGAGAGGAACUUGCACACCGCCGCGCAGCAGCGGGCAGGAGUAUCAUCCGGGCGGCUGCAGCUGCAUUUCACUCUCAAGAGUUGAAGUGAUCAUCAGGUCUGCAGAGUGGCAGCAGUAUCUAUCCAGGGACCAUGGGCACGCCAGCACAGAGCAAUGCAGCUGUGGCAGGAACCUCACAGCAGCUACAGGCCUACGUGUCCUGGGUGAACUCGCAGCUGAAGAAGAAGCCUGAGGUGAAGCCCGUGCAGGACCUGCGUCAGGAUCUGAGGGACGGGGUCAUCCUGGCACACCUCAUUGACAUCGUGGCUGGUGAGCACCUCAGUGGCAUUCACAUGAACCCCAGCAGCCAGCAGGAGAUGAAGGAGAACGUGGAGAAGGUCCUGCAGUUUGUCUCGUCCAAGCGGAUCCGAAUGCACCAGGCCUCUGCCAGGGACAUCGUGGAAGGAAACCUCAAGUCUGCCAUGAGACUCAUCCUGGCUCUGGCAGCUCAUUUCAAACCCUCCGUCAAGUCAGCCAAUCAGAGAGCGGCAGCUGUGGCGGGUCACAGCCAGCCCCCGGCCUCGGGCAAUCACAGGCCGCACUCCGCCACGGCGAUGGCUCAGAACGCAGUGGCUGCGCUGGCGGCAGCCCGGCAGGACGCGUCCCGAUCGGGCAGGGAGGUGUUCCGAUACCGGCAGGAGAGGCAGAGCAGCAGUGCCAGCCUGGACGAGGAGAUUGAGAAUCCUGGCUGGAGCGUGCGAGCGCUGGUGCAGCAGUACGAGGGGCAGCAAGAGGCGGCCAGCGAGGGACCGCAGUGCGAGGCCUCUGGUCUCAGCUCACCCAGUCCAACACACUCUGCAAAAACAUCCAUCAGUAGCCAAUCAGAAGAGAAGGAGGAGCUGCCGGUCUUCCAAUCAGAAGAAGAGGGAGUUAAGUCUGCAGGAUGCCCGGAGAAGCAGGCAGUGGGACGGGGGCUCUGUCUGGACCUCUCUGCAGGAUGCCCGGAGAAGCAGGCAGGGGGACGGGGACUCUGUCUGGACCUCUCUGCAGGAUGCCCGGAGAAGCAGGCAGGGGGGCAGGGGCUCUGUCUGGACCUCUCCUGGGAGGAGCAGCUUGUGGAACAGCAGGAGCAGCUGGAGAAGGAGAUGGACGAGGCUCGGAAGAUGGUCUCGAGCCUGCAGGCCCUGCUUCUGAACGGAUCCCUACCUGAGGACGAGCAGGAGGCCUCCUUCACCCUCUCAGACAGUGGAGCAGCCCUGGACGAGCAGCUGAUUAUAAUCCGCAGCAGGCUGGAUCAGAGCAUGGAGGAGUCCCAGGAACUCAAGAAAGAGCUGCUGAAAUACAAGCAGGAGACCAGGAACCUGCAGGGAGUCAAGGACGCUCUGCAGCAGAGAAUGGCCCACCAGGAGAGCUUGGUUCUACAGCUGAGACAGGAGCUGCUGAGGGCAGGCAUGGGCCGAGAUGAACUGCACCAACACAACGUUGACUUGCAGAGGAAAGUGGAGGAGAGGAACACACUUCUGGGGCAGUACAAGAAGGAGCUGGCUCAGAAGGAUCGGCUACUGCAGCAACAGCAAAGCAAACUGGACGAGGCUCUGCGCAAACUGGGAGAGGCCACACAUCACAAGGUGGACCUGCAGAGGGAGGUAGAGCAGAAGGACAGCCUGAUUAACGAGUUAAUGACCAGAGAGCUUGACGAGCACUCCGGAGGUCUGGCCGGGUCUCAGAACAAUGGUUACCCCCAGGCUGUGGGGAAAGGAGCCCCGUCUUCAUCGCACAGAGGGGCUGACGACCUGCAGUUGGUUCGGGACGCCCUGCGCAGUCUGAGGAACAGCUUCAGUGGACACGAUCCCCAGCACCACACCAUAGACACCCUGGAGCAGGGCAUCGGCAGCCUGGUGGAGAGACUGAGGAUGGGGGAGCCACACAGGAGGCACGACAGGAGGCCUGGAGGAAAGUCUCCUGGUCACAGAACUGCUGCUCACACAGAGCGGGACUCCUGGCCACACAGCUCCAAAAUGCUUCACUCUCACAGCAGCCCGGCUCUCAGCAGCUCUGCGUCCACCAAAGUGCUGUAUUUCACAGACCGCUCCCUCACUCCCUUCAUGGUCAGUAUCCCAAAGAGGCUGGGAGAUGUCACUCUGAGAGACUUCAAGGCAGCAGUGGACCGUGAAGGAAACUAUAGGUAUCAUUUCAAAGCUCUGGACCCGGAGUUUGGCACAGUGAAAGAAGAGGUUUUCCACGAUGAAGACGUCAUACCGGGCUGGGAAGGGAAGAUCGUGGCUUGGGUGGAGGAGGACCAUGGGGACAGCAGAUAGAGGCAGGCAGGCAGGCAGGCAGGCAGGCAGACUCCUCUCACCUACCCCCUCAGGAAUGCAGUUUGUAUUGUACAGUUUAUAUUUAGAGGUUUUAAAAUUCCUGGGCGUAUUGAAAUUGAUAAUUGUA